CUUGAUUGGCAUUGAACAUCUCACUGAUCAAAGACCAAAGUUAUUGCUGCUUGCUUCCUUCCAUAGCAAUGGGCUACUAAUUAGUCUUCUUUAUCUAAUAUUACCGUGGGAUAAACAUGUUGAGUCUCUUUGGUCGCCCUUCGCAGCUGCUUCUACGAGCAUGCACAGCCACCAGCGGUGCCCCAUCAUGCCCUGCCCCGCUCACUGCCGCUUGCAUUCCCAGUGCAACCAGCAGUGCUACCGUCAUACAAGUGCGAACGGUUAAACGGCAAAGGACUACUCCCAAAUUGCCGAUCCCCCUUGGCCGGCUGGCUUAUCAAAAGGAACAUUUCAUGACUCCGGAGGACCGGACGCAGCUUGAUGGCGAGCUCAGCGAGGUGUCCGUUUUCGACGGGCAGAAAGGGGUCCUGUACAAGUCGAUUGUUGAUGAGCUCGCAGCGGAGCAUAUUCGAUACAUUCCCCGCAUCGCCCCCAUUGCCGUCUCCUAUCUGUACAGUGUCUGCCAGAAUACUGAUGAACUGGCCGCGGUGAUGAUGUUGCAUAAAAGAUACCGCUCGUCAUCGUCGGACCUCGGCGGUGGUUCUCACUCCAUUAGUCACAAUGCCGUCAUCGCGUGUCUUCGUCUCGGCCAGCUGGACACCGCACUCGAUCUUCUUAUGAACAAGUAUGAAUACUCUGUGUGGCCCCCAGCGGCUACAUACACUCAGCUACUGGACUAUGCUCUGGCCAAGUAUCAGGAAAAUCCAGAUCUACUAACAGAGGUGUACGAGGCUGCGUUCACUGUGAUGCGCGACGGCGUGGACCUAACCCCGACCCUUGCCUCUCUCUGUGUCACCGCGCUCAGCAUUCAUGAUCCGAAUGAUGCCGGCUCUGAGGAUGAGGUAACUGAUCCACCAGUGCCCUACACCCAGGCUAAUGUACCUGGUUGGACUGAAAAAGAGUACAAAGACUCCAGAGACUUGCCGCACUGGGCCAACCAACUAGAGACACGGCAUGAACGCCUGGCGGCAGCCAGACAUCUAGUCAAGCAGCAGCAUGAAGCUGGUCACAGGAUACUGCCCGUUGCCUAUAGCUAUCUAGUGUCUACGCUGGGAAAGCUGGGCCAGCAUGAGAAGCUCUUGGAUGUGUUGACCAUGGCCGUGGAGGAUGGUGCACUGACAUCUCAGCUGGAAGGGCUCAAGGAGCAGCUAACACAAGCUGCCAGUCGGGAAGACAUGGUAGAACUCCUCAAGAAGAUGUCCUCCGGAGACGGGGAGGGAGAAUCCGGUGAGGAGAAAGCAGCAACAGCGACAUCGCCAUUCGACGGGCUCGUCGUUUCGCUACCGACAACACCAUCAAGCCUGGCGCACACGACCGACGGCAUGACUCAAGUUCCGCUUGUUGAUGGUCUAUCAGUUAACAUGACCGGAGAAGGCAUCAGCGGGGAGAAGAAGAUGAAGUCCUACUAUUCCUGGAUACCCGUUACGACGUUCACGCGCUGGAGAAAGAACGUCACCUUCAAAGUCCGGAGCACGUACAAGAUGCCACCGCGCAGAGUGCUGAAUAGCGAGACACAUCGGCUGAACGACGCUUUGUAACUGCACCACGGAUCUCAGAUAGCGCUAGCGCUGCCCUUGUCUUCUCUCUGUCUCUCUCUCAAACUCUCUCUCUCUCUCUCUCACACAAACACACACACACACACACCCUGCUUUUGGACAGAUAGUAGGGUGACUUGAAUGUAUUGUGUACCAGUUAGGCCCAGACAGAUUCUGCCAGCAAUUAUUUCGGCAAAAUAUCGAAGAAUUGAAAAAGCGGAAAUUGCCGGGAAAAUCGGACAACAAUA